AUGUCCGACACCACUCAGGAUACGCUGUUGCAGCGUCUUUCAGAAUUUCUGACCACCUAUGGUCCCCUCCCAGCCGAUAUAGACUUCGGCGAAGAACUUACGGAGGCUCAUGGUCUUAUUGCGGAGUGUUUGGAGGCUCUCACCAAGCCUCUUGACACCCCCACACCACUAGAACCCGUUAUCGACACGGCUCAGGAAGAGGUCAUUGCCGGCCUCACCACAGAACUAGAAGCAGCCAACGAAAAGGCUGCCGAUUUUUGGCAAACCUUGUGCGAUAACCAGGAAGAUUCUACCGAGAUCAUCCGAGGUCGCGACGAGGUUAUUGUUGCUUUGAAGAUUGAGCUGGAGGAAUCGAAGGCUGAAGAAGAAGAGCUUCGGUUCCGUCUGGCACUACAUCAGGAAAGUCUCACUAUCGCUGACGAGAACCUCGCCGAUGCUGAAGAUGAGGUUCUUCACAUCACCGCUGUUGCAAAGGUCUGGGAGGCCCAAGCCAAUGCCACUAUUGCUGACCUUCGUUCUCGUAUCUCCGUUUCCACCGUUACAGUUAAAUCUCGCCAUGUCUCUAAGCCUCGUUACCUGGCUCCUCGCGCCCAAGAUCCCCGUUCCAUUAGCAAUUGGCGAGAAAGGCCACUUGAAAAUGGGUCCCCAAAGCCGGCGUUAAAAGCCCCGCCACCUGUUUCUGUUCUCCCUGCUGCUGCUGCUGUGUCUGAGGAUAAGAUGUCCGAAGACUCUCUUGUUGUUACCUGUUCGGUCUCUCAGAAUUCCGACUCUUUCAUUCCCACCUACGCUCUCAUUGAUACUGGAGCAUCAGGAUAUGCUUUUAUCGAUGAAUCUUUCGUACGUCACAACAAUCUUGCAAUGACCCCCCUUAGGAAACCUCGCCAGGUAGAUGUUAUGGAUGGAAGACCUAUCCAGUCAGGAGAAAUUACCCACAUUGUCGAUGUUUCACUAGAUAUUCAUGGCCACCGAGAAAUUGCCUCAUGUUUCUUUACAAAGUUGGGACAUUAUCCGAUCGUGAUGGGAAUACCGUGGAUGCGACGGCACGAUGUCACCAUUCGGCCAAAGGAUAAUCUACUUGUUUUUGAUUCUCGGGACUGUGUUAAACACUGUUCACUCAGUGGAACUGCAGUUACUGUCCAUGGAAUAUCGAUCCCUCUACCGGAACAUCAUACUGUUGUCGUUUCAGCAGUUGAGAAAUCCACCACCGACGUCAAGCAACUCGUACCAAAGGAAUUCCACCUUCGCCUUCCCAUGUUUAAAGAAUACGAUGCCUCAGUCCUUCCGCCUCACCGACCCUCCCAUGAUAUUGAAAUAAUUUUGGAAGAGGGUAAACGACCACCGUAUGGACCCAUCUAUGGCCUAUCGCAGACUGAAUUGAAAGCAUUACGGGAAUAUUUUGAUGAGAACUUACCCAAAGGAUUUAUUCGGGCCAGUGAAUCACCGGCGGGAGCACCUAUACUAUUUGUAAAGAAAAGUGAUGGGACUCUCCGGCUAUGUGUGGAUUACCGAGGCCUCAAUGCGAUCACGGUCAAGAAUCGGUAUCCGUUACCACUGUUAAAGGAAACUUUGGCUAAACUUUCGAAGGCACAGUACUAUACUAAGUUGGAUCUACGAUGGGGAUACAAUCAGAUCAGGGUAGCGGAGGGAGACGAAUGGAAAACGGCAUUUAGAACUCGAUAUGGACAUUUCGAGUAUACAGUAAUGCCGUUCGGAUUAGCCAACGCCCCGGCCACCUUUCAACAUUGGAUUAAUGAUAUCCUACGGCCUUAUCUCGAUCAAUUUGUUACAGCUUAUUUGGAUGAUAUCCUAAUUUAUUCGGAAACUUUGUCAGAACAUAAGGAUCACGUCCAGAAGGUUUUGAAGGUACUUGAUGAGAAUCAUGUUCACCUUAAACCUGAAAAAUGUGAAUUUAUGGUCCAGGAAACGAAAUAUCUCGGCCUUAUUCUCACCCCGGAUGGGAAUAGGAUGGAUCCAAAGAAAGUUGUUGACGUAUUAGAAUGGUCCACACCAAGGAAUCUCCAUGAUGUUCAGGUAUUUUUGGGAUUUGCAAAUUUCUAUCGACGGUUUAUUUUGGGAUAUUCAAAAAUUGUUGCUCCGCUUACAGCUCUGACCAAGAAAAAUGUUAAAUUCGAAUGGACGGAUGAAAGGGAGGAAGCAUUCCAGACAUUGAAAAGGAUGUUCACAACGGCACCCAUACUAAUGCACUUUGAUCCGGAUCGGAAAAUCGUGGUAGAAACCGAUGCAUCCGACUAUGUUUCUGCUGGAAUCCUGUCCCAACGUGACGACGAAGGAAUUCUACAUCCAGUCGCUUUCUUCUCUAAGAAACAUUCCCCUGCGGAAUGUAACUAUGAAAUCUAUGACAAAGAACUCCUAGCAAUCGUACGAUGUUUUGAGGAAUGGCGACAUCAUUUGGAGGGGGCACAAUUCCCAAUUGAAGUUCUUAGCGACCAUCGGAAUCUCGAAUAUUUCAUGUCAACAAAGUUAUUAAACCGUCGACAAGCCCGUUGGUCGGAAUUUCUUUCACGUUUCGAUUUCGUCAUUCAAUUUAGACCAGGAAAACAAGGGGCGAAACCAGAUGCAUUGACUAGGAGGUCGGGUGACCUACCUAAGGAGGGGGAUGAACGGUUGACGCAUCAAAGCCAGGUGGUUUUGAAGCGAAAAAAUUUGGAUUCAAAGCUAAGUUUGUUCGCGGGUUCUUUUUCAAAUGAAUCCGCUGAAGGAAUGUCCACUGUAGAAGAGUUGUUUUUAAAUGCUUACCAAUCGAACAAAAUCUCCCUUGCCGAAUGCACGGAAGAUAACAAUGGUCGACUACUCUAUCGAGGCGCCCUAUACGUACCAGAUGACAACAAUCUUCGGCUAAGACUCCUAAAAGAGUAUCAUGACAAACCAUCGGCAGGUCAUCCAGGCAGAGCGAAGACUUUGGAACUCCUGAAUCGAGAGUAUUACUGGCCACAAAUGCGGAAGUAUAUCGAUCAGUAUGUUCGGAAUUGCAAUGUGUGUACCCGUAGCAAGGCACCACGCAAUGCACCCUAUGGAGUACUCCGCCCGAUGCCAAUACCCGAUGGACCAUGGACGGAUGUGUCAAUGGAUUUUGUUACCGACCUCCCAGAGAGCGAUGGAUACAAUGCAAUCUUGGUCGUGGUGGAUAGGUUAACUAAGAUGCGACACCUAAUACCAACAACAAAGGAGGCGGACUCAAGGGAAGUAGCGAGACUGUAUAUUGACAAUGUUUGGAAGUUACAUGGGUUACCCGACACUAUGGUAUCCGAUCGAGGGACACAAUUCGUUGCGGAAUUCUGGAGGUCUCUUUGCGACCGUCUAGAAAUAUCACCAAAGUUUUCUACCGCGUUCCAUCCUCAGACGGAUGGGCAGACGGAAAGGAUUAAUGCCGUGAUGGAACAGUACCUUCGAAGUUAUGUUUCCUAUCAACAGGAAGACUGGGCCCGAUGGUUACCAAUGGCAGAAUUUGCAACCAAUAACCAUGCUUCGGAAACAACGAAAAUCUCUCCUUUCUACGCUAAUUCGGGAAGAAAUCCUCGAAUGACUUUUGGACCCUUGGAACAUGGUAGGACCAUGGCGGAAGAUCAAGCAAAUGGUAUUGCACGGGAAAUGAAGGAAAUAUUAGAUUUUCUACGAGAUGAAAUGUUCCGAGCACAAAGGAUACAGGAAGAGUCGGCAAAUAUGAAGCGGACUCCAGCGCCCCACUAUCGAGUAGGAGAUCAAGUUUUCUUAUCAACACGCCAUGUCCUCACCAAACGCCCUUCGAAGAAACUUGAUUGGAAACGUAUUGGACCAUAUAUCGUAAAGCGAAUCGUUAGUCCUUAUGCCUAUGAGUUGGAACUCCCUCGUUCUAUGAAAGUUCAUCCCGUAUUCCAUGUCUCUUUAUUGUCGUCUGCAGCAAACGAUCCUUUACCAGGACAACAACAGUUACCACCACCGCCGGUCGAAGUUGAAGGACAAGAGGAGUGGGAAGUCGAGGAUAUUUUGGAUUCCAGGGAUCGUCGGGGAAGAUUUGAAUACUUGGUUAAGUAUGCCGGUUAUGACGAAGCUUCGUGGCAGCCAUUGUCGGAUGUCGAACAUUCACCCGAUAUUGUUAAACGAUUUCACGAACGAUAUCCACGGAAGCUUAAGCCUACCAGGAGGUAG